AUGAAUAGUGAUAUUGAUGAAACAAAUAAUAGGGAGCAUUGUUCAUCAGCAAAUAACACAACAUCACCAUCAUCUAAUGCUCUACAAAAUCAACAAAAAAUCAAUACACAUUCAUCAUUUUGUAAUGAGAAUAUGAUUGUAACACAAAAUCAAAUGAAUACAACAAUUAAUGAUACAAUUGAAGAAAAUAUUUUGACAGUUGCAAAUCAAAAUGAAGAAAAUUCAAUGAAUAAAUCAUUUAAAAGAAAAGUUGUGUCAUUUAGUGCAAUGCCAUGUGAAAAAAAAGUUGCCGAUGUUUAUGAUUGUCUUCGUUAUAUGCAAGAAGGAAGUGAUUUUCUUAAAGUUCGUUCACAUGUACGACAAUUUCGUCGUUUAUAUAAAUUAAAUGAUACUUUAACUGCAAUAAGUUGGUAUCCAACAUCAAAAAAACCAUCAAAAGCAAUAAUUAAAAUUGAUUCAAUAAAAGAAGUACGUUUAGGAAAAACAACUGAACGUCUUCGUGAACAUGCACAACAAUUUGAAAAUGAAUCUAUGUUUUCUAUUGUUUAUACAGAUGGAAAUAAUGAUUAUGUUUCAUUAGAUCUUGUUGCAAGUAGUGCUGAUGAAGCAAAUAUUUGGGUAACAGGUUUAUCAUGUCUUAUUUCAGGACACGGAAGUCCUUUGACAUCAGCAGAUCUUGAAGAUCGUCAAAAAAUGCGUGAUAAAUGGUUACAUGAUGCAUUUGCUGUUGGAUUAUCAUCAAUAAGUGAAUCUGAACAAGUGAAUCAUAAAGAAUAUCAAACACUUUGUGCAAAAAAUUCUAUUGAUGAAGAAGAAGCUGUAAAAUUACUUGGAGAUUAUGGAAUUUCUGAAGAUAAAGCUAAAAUAAGAUUACAAGCAAUUCAAACAAAAAAAUCUGAUGAUGUACGUGGACUUUUUUCUACUGAAGAUCUUGUUGAUGUUUUUAAAAAACUUUCAACUCGACCAGAAAUUUAUCAUCUUUUAGUCAGAUAUUCUCGAAAUCAAGAUUUUCUUUCAAUAGAAGAUUUUACAUUAUUUCUUGAAGCUGAACAAGGCAUGUCAAAAGUAACAAAUGAAAAAUGUCUAGAAAUUAUACAAAAAUUUGAACCAUCAACUGAAGCAAAACUUUUAGGACGUUUAGGUAUAGAUGGUUUUACUAAUUAUCUUCUAUCAUCAGAAUGUGAUAUAUUUAAUCCAAAUAAUAGAUCAAUAUGUCAUGAAAUGGAUCAUCCACUUAGUCAUUAUUUUAUAGCUUCAUCUCAUAAUACAUUUCUAUUGACUGAUCAACUAAAAGGUCCAUCAAGUGUUGAUGGUGUCAUUCAUGCUUUAAGACGUGGUUGUCGUUGUUUGGAAGUACAUUGUUUUGAUGGACCCGAUGGUCAACCAUUAAUACAUAAUGGAACAUUAACAUCUCGUAUACCUUUAAGUGAAGUACUUCAAGUUAUUGAAAAUUAUGGAUUUGAAAAAACAAAUUAUCCAUUAAUCUUAUGUAUGGAAAUACAAUGUAGUAUUAAUCAACAAGAACGUGUUGCUCAGUUAUUAAUUGAAAUAUUUGGUGAAAAAAUUUUUUUUGAUCAUCUUUCAUUAUCAGUUAAUAUGGAUAUAAAUUCAAAUAAAUAUCGACCUCUUCCAUCACCAAAUGAUUUAUGUGGAAAGAUUAUUAUUAAAAGUAAAAAAUUACCUCCUGAUUUUACUAAUGAAAUUAAUAGAGACUAUGGUGAAAUAAUAGAUGAUGAAGAUUGUUAUGAAGAUAAUAAAAGACGAUCUAAAAAGGAAUUAAGUAAUAAAAAACAUCGAAAAUUAUCUCGUGCUUUUUCUGAUCUUGUUUGUAUACUUCGUUCAGCACCAUUUGAAGAUUUUAAUACUGCAUUUAAUGAACAACAAUCUGAUCAAGUAUGUACAUUCAGUGAAAAUGCUGCUCUUCGUUUAGCAACAAGUGAUGCAGAAGAAUUUAUUAAUUAUAAUAAACUUUUUAUAUCACGUGUCACUCCUGGAACAUGGCGCGUUGAUUCAUCAAAUCUUAAUCCACAAGAUUUUUGGAAUGUUGGUUGUCAAAUGGUGUCAAUGAAUUAUCAAACAGCUGGAAAAUUUAUGGAUGUAUAUUUCGGUCGUUUUUUAUCAAAUGGUGGUUGUGGAUAUGUGCUUAAACCGAGUUAUUUAAGACCUGAUAAUACAACCAUAACUGCAGCAUCAUCAUCAAUGGCGGCUGGUAGAUUAUCUACUAAUGUUUAUUCAUCUAAUACACCUCAAAUACUUCAUAUAAAAAUAAUAAGUGCACUUCAUCUUCCACGACCUGAACAAGCUGAAUUAAAAGCAAAUUCUAUUGAUCCAUACGUUGUUAUACAAAUAUUUGGUGUACCAAGAGAUACAGAUGAAGUACGAACAAAAACUAUUUAUCAUAAUUCGGAAAAUCCACAAUUUAAUGAAGCAUUUGAAUUUGAAAUAGCUUUUCCAGAAUUAGCACUUGUCAGAUUUGUUGUACUUGAUGAUGAUUCACUUGAUUAUGAUUUUAUUGGACAAUAUACAUUACCGUUUGAAUGUAUUCAAACAGGCUAUCGACAUGUUCAUCUUCAUACUAUCGGUGGAGAUCUCAUAUCUAAUGCCUAUCUAUUUGUUCACAUUGUUAUUAAUAGCAAAUCAUUGGCUAUUAAACCUCGUCGAUCACUAUCACGUUAUCAUCGUUCAUUAACGCGUCGUAAAUUACGUAUUGCUUCAUUUCGAUCAGUAUAUAAUAAACAAAUUGAUGAUCUAUUUAAAUCGGUUAUUCAACCAUUAGAAACAGCAUUUGAAUAUCGUCAUGCUGUUGAACAUAGUCUCCAUGGAUUAAAUGAAAUGUGUGGUCUACCUGAUAUAUCAAAUGUAAAACAAUGUGUUAGAAAAAUUGCUAGUCGAUUACAAAAAGCAAAUCUUAUUGGUGCUGUUACUAUACGAAAGCAAUCUGAUAUACCAAUCUUUGAAUAUUCUGCUACAUUACCAGAAUUAUCUCGUCAAAGUGUUGUAGCUUUAGAAGAAGUGAUUAAUCAAUGUCGAGCUUUAAUAGAUAAUGGUACUGUUAUACAUGAGAAGUUAGUUAAUGUGCAAACUGAAAUAUCUGAAUUAAGUAAAGACAUUCCAAGAUUACUUGAAAUAAGUGGUUUACGUGGAAAAAAAUUUACAAAAGCUAUUGAUAAUUUUUCAUAUAAUCUUGCUCUAUUACAUGGUCAAACUGAUUUAUUAAAUAAAGCUAGACAAGAUGCAAAUAUAACAAUUCAACAGAUUUUUGAAGCUGCUGAAACAACUCAAUUACUUGUACAAUCUAAUCAAUAA